CCAGCACCUGUGGCCCUGUCCUUCCGUCCCUCUCUCCACCUGCCUCUCAGCCCCACCUCUGUGCUUCCCUCCUGCCUUCCUCGCCCCUCUCUGGCUCCAGGUACCCCAUCUGUGCACCCCUCCGCCUCCCCUCUUGCCUCUCUCCGACCUGCUCUUUGGUCCCUCCUUGGACCUGCCUCUCGGUCCCCAGUCUGUGUGGCUCUUCAUCCCUCCGCUUUUCCCUCUCUUUUCCUGUACCCCCUCCACCUGCACCCGGCUACCCCAUUCGUUCGCUCUUCCACCCGCGCCCCCGCUGCCGGGUCCUACCACCACAGACACCUUAGCUGGGGACCCAGACCCAGACUUGCCCUAGCCUACCCCCUCCGCCUCCACUCCCGCCGGGCUUUCAACCCCUUCCCCGCCGCAGCCAUGUCCAACAACAUGGCCAAGAUCGCGGAGGCCCGCAAGACGGUGGAACAGCUGAAGCUGGAAGUGAACAUCGACCGCAUGAAGGUGUCGCAGGCCGCCGCGGAGCUCCUGGCGUUCUGCGAGACACACGCCAAAGAUGACCCUCUGGUGACACCGGUACCCGCUGCAGAGAACCCCUUUCGCGACAAGCGCCUCUUUUGUGUCCUGCUCUGAGCCUUCCCUACAGCUUACCCUCCCUUGCCGAAAUAUGAAUCCAAUAAACGUGGUGACUGGUGGCA